GUCUCUCUCAUUUCAAUCAUCCCUUCACCAAACAAGAGUUAUAACACCAUGGCAUCUCACGGCCGCGGCGGCCGCGGCCUCGUUGCGACGCUGCCACAGCUCCUUGUGACGGCAUUGGCCAUUCUAGCUACUUCGAGUAUAGUUUCUGCUGACCCUUACAUAUAUUCUUCUCCACCUCCACCAUACGAGUACAAGUCUCCACCACCUCCUUCUCCGUCCCCGCCACCACCAUAUGUUUACAAGUCUCCACCACCGCCAUCUCCUUCCCCGCCGCCACCAUAUGUGUAUAAAUCUCCGCCACCACCAUCCCCAUCUCCACCACCACCGUACGUGUACAAAUCACCUCCACCACCUUCUCCUUCCCCUCCUCCACCAUACGUGUACAAGUCACCACCACCACCUUCUCCAUCUCCACCACCGCCAUAUUACUACAAGUCUCCUCCACCACCUGAUCCCUCACCGCCACCACCAUACUACUAUAAGUCUCCUCCACCACCUUCUCCCUCACCACCACCACCAUAUUACUACAAGUCUCCACCACCUCCAUCGACAUCUCCUCCACACCAUCCCUACUAUUACAAGUCACCGCCUCCUCCAUCACCGUCACCUCCACCACCAUACUACUACAAGUCUCCUCCACCACCUUCUCCCUCACCACCACCACCAUAUUACUACAAGUCUCCACCACCUCCAUCGACAUCUCCUCCACACCAUCCCUACUAUUACAAGUCACCGCCUCCUCCAUCACCGUCACCUCCACCACCAUACUACUAUAAGUCACCACCUCCUCCGUCGCCAUCUCCUCCACACCAUCCAUACUAUUAUAAGUCACCACCUCCUCCAUCGCCACCUCCUCCACACCAUCCCUACUAUUACAAGUCACCGCCUCCUCCAUCACCAUCUCCUCCACACCAUCCAUACUAUUAUAAGUCACCACCUCCUCCAUCGCCGCCUCCUCCACACCAUCCCUACUAUUACAAGUCACCGCCUCCUCCAUCACCAUCACCUCCACCACCAUACUACUAUAAGUCACCACCUCCUCCAUCUCCAUCACCUCCACCACCAUACUACUACAAGUCACCGCCUCCUCCUUCUCCCUCUCCUCCACACCAUCCAUACUACUAUAAGUCACCACCUCCUCCAUCGCCGUCUCCUCCACACCAUCCUUACUACUACAAGUCUCCUCCACCUCCCUCGCCAUCACCACUUCCGCCAUACUACUACAAAUCUCCUCCUCCUCCCUCACCAUCACCACCACCUCCUUACUACUACAAAUCACCGCCACCACCAGUGAAGUCACCGCCUCCACCAUACUACUACACUUCUCCUCCACCACCGGCGCCAGUCCCUCACCACCCACCGCACCACCACUCAUUUGUAGUCAAGGUGACCGGAAAAGUGUAUUGCUACCGGUGCUACGAUUUCGAACACCCAGAGAAAUCUCAUGCCAAGAAACAUCUCAAAGGUGCUGUAGUGGAAGUAACAUGCAAAGCAGGUGAAAAAGAAGUAGUUGCAUAUGGCAAAACAAAAAUCAAUGGAAAAUACAGCAUUCCAAUUGAAGGAUUUGAAUAUGCUAAAUAUGGAGCAAAGGCUUGCAAAGCAAAACUUCAUGCACCACCUAUGGAUUCUAAGUGUAGCAUUCCAACUGAUCUUCAUUGGGGAAUCAAGGGUGCUAAACUUAAAGUGAAGUCCAAGAAUCACUAUGAAGUUGUCUUGUAUGCUAAGCCAUUCGCUUAUGGUUCCAAGGCCCCUUACGAGAAAUGCCACAAACCUAAGCCUAGCCCCGUCCCAGCACCGUACUACUACAAGUCUCCACCACCACCAUCGACACCGGCUUACGUAUACAAAUCCCCUCCGCCACCUCCUUAUGUGUACAAGUCUCCUCCACCUCCAUCGUCACCGGCUUACGUAUAUAAAUCCCCUCCACCACCUCCUUACGUGUACAAGUCCCCUCCACCACCAUCACCUGUUUACGUGUACAAGUCCCCUCCACCACCGCCUUACAUCUACAAGUCUCCUCCACCCCCAUCGCCAGUUUAUGUAUACAAGUCUCCUCCGCCACCUCCUUACAUGUACAAGUCUCCACCCCCUCCAACACCAGUUUAUCUUUACAAGUCCCCUCCACCCCCUCCAUAUGUAUACAAGUCGCCACCCCCUCCAACACCAGUGUACCUUUAUAAGUCCCCUCCACCCCCAUCGCCGGUUUACGUAUACAAGUCUCCCCCACCACCACCUUACGUAUACAAGUCUCCACCUCCUCCAACACCAGUUUACCUCUACAAGUCUCCUCCACCCCCUCCAUACAUUUAUAAAUCACCACCACCUCCAUCGCCAUCUCCUCCACACCAUCCCUACUACUACAAGUCACCGCCACCUCCAUCGCCAUCUCCUCCACACCAUCCCUACUACUACAAGUCACCGCCUCCUCCAUCUCCAUCACCACCACCACCCUACUACUACAAGUCACCGCCUCCUCCGUCGCCAUCUCCUCCACACCAUCCCUACUACUACAAGUCACCACCUCCUCCAUCUCCAUCACCACCGCCACCAUACUACUACAAGUCACCACCUCCCCCGUCGCCAUCUCCUCCACACCAUCCGUACUACUACAAGUCACCACCUCCUCCAUCUCCAUCACCACCACCACCAUACUACUACAAAUCACCACCACCACCGUCUCCAUCGCCACCACCUCCCUACUAUUACAAGUCUCCACCGCCUCCAUCGCCAUCUCCUCCACACCAUCCCUACUACUACAAGUCACCACCUCCUCCAUCUCCAUCACCACCGCCACCAUACUAUUACAAGUCACCACCUCCUCCGUCGCCAUCUCCUCCACACCAUCCCUACUACUACAAGUCACCACCUCCUCCAUCUCCAUCACCACCACCACCAUACUACUACAAAUCACCUCCGCCACCGUCACCUUCACCACCACCUCCUUACUAUUACAAGUCUCCUCCACCACCAUCGCCAUCUCCUCCACACCAUCCCUACUACUACAAGUCACCUCCUCCUCCCUCACCAUCUCCCCCACCACCAUCGCCAUCUCCUCCACCACCAUACUACUACAAAUCUCCACCUCCUCCGUCUCCAUCACCACCUCCACCUUAUUACUACAAGUCUCCUCCACCACCAUCGCCAUCUCCUCCACACCAUCCCUACCACUACAAGUCUCCACCACCACCAUCGCCUUCUCCACCACCUCCAUACGUCUACAAAUCACCACCACCACCAUCACCAUCUCCUCCACCUCCAUACGUCUACAACUCACCCCCACCACCAUCGCCAUCUCCUCCACACCAUCCCUAUCACUACAAAUCACCUCCACCACCAUCACCUUCUCCUCCACCCCCAUACUACUACCAGUCUCCCCCACCACCUUCCCCCUCACCCCCACCACCAUACGUUUACAAAUCCCCACCUCCCCCCUCACCAUCACCGCCUCCUCCAUACCACUACUCAUCACCUCCCCCACCCGUAAAAUCCCCUCCUCCACCUGUAUACAUUUACGCAUCUCCACCUCCUCCAACUCAUUAUUAAGCUAUGAGAACUUUGCAGUAUUCAAUCCAAAAGAUCAGAAAAUAAUUACUUCACAGUUUCCAGUUUCAAGAGCUAGUGGGUUAUUCAAUAAGGUCCGAUACAUGUUAGAAAUCUUCAUCAAAUUCGUGUUGGACCAGUUUGCGUCUGUGUCUUUGGCUUUUCUGUUGCACAUUGUCUUAGUGAUGCAAUCUCAAAUCAAGUGAGGAUUUAGAUAAAAGUUGCUUUUAGGUUUGAGGUUGUUUCCUAUUUAAAAUUUAUGUUUGUAUAGGAUGGCCUUGUUUGAUUGAAUUUAUAUUCAUUUCACAUUGCAA